GGGGCUGGCGGGGCAACGGAGGCGGCAAGCCGAGCGCCGUGUGACUCAUUUGGCUGCCCUCCGUCGCUAGGAGCGGUCGAGGGUCGGUUGGUGCCGGUGUUGUGCGCCGCUUCAUUGCGAGAAGUUGUCUUCACUGUCGUGCUUCACUGUGAAACCGCGUGUGCCCAACAGCAUCAUACAAAGGAAGAGCGUUGCGCUGAAUCUCAGUUGCCGCCGAUGGGGUCGCUGUUGUCGCUGCCGGCCGGGCCGGGCGUCGCGGAGAGAUGCGACUUCAGGAGGUCUGGCGCGGGGAGCCCCUCUGCCCCUGCGCCUACUUCGCGGCGGCCGCAGCGCCUGACUCCGGAGCAGGCGCAGGUGCUCGUGGAGUCGCUGCGCCAGCUGCUGCGCAUGUCGCUGCUGCCGCUGGUGGAGGAGACGCUGAGCAACUUGGACGCUCUGCACGCGCGCCUCGACGACCUGGAGCAGCACCUGAGGCGCCUGGCCCCACUUCCGGACCCUCCUGAGCGCCCGGAGGCGCCUGAGCCGUGGCAGCAGCGGGCCGCCGGGGGGCGCGGCGGGCAGGCAGCGCAAAGGACGUCCGUGGGCGCGCAGGCGGACGGUGAAGGACGCGACGCGGCGCUGCGGUUCGUGGACCGGGUGCUGGAGAGAGUAUUGCCAGAAGUGGUGUCCCUUUUAGAAGAAGGCGGCGGCGGCGGUACGCCCGCAAAAUGCACCAUUAUCACGCCGACCACCACCACCACCACCACCACCACCACCACCACCACCACCACCACCACCACCACCACUCUGCAGGCCGCCCGCGGCCCCACUUCCGACCCCACUCCUCCCACGUCCUUCGAUGCGGACUGUCCGGCAUCGGAUUCCUGGAAGGCCCCGGACGGCUCCGAGCUGGCGCGGGCCGGGCUUUGUAUCGGCUGCCCAACAGCGCAUACACCUCCACCCUCACCCCCACCGCCACCCGCCGGUGCCUCUCUGACCUCCAUUCUGAGAACCGAUUCCCCACCUCUUGCCGGAUUGACAGAGUUCGUCUCGUCACCCGCCAGCACGGAUCUCUGCGUCCUCCCACCCAAAGCCACCUCAUCUUACUCAUCAUCGUCCCAUUUCUCUUCACCUCCCAGCCUCCCCCCUAUUCGGUCCUACCCCUCUUUGUCCAGACAUUCUUCUCUCCCAAGCAUCUCGUUUGUUUCAACAGACUCGUCGAACCCCGGCGCGAUCCGGUGUCCCGAUGUCGUCUACAUGUUUCCUCUGUUAUUCCCCUCUUCUUCAUCCUCUUCCUCGAGUUCUGUAGUUUCUGCCGGUGACGCCGAUGGUCCGGCUUGUUCCAUCCCUUUGGCGGAUAAGCUUCCCAUGCCUUGUAUGCAGACGAGUUCGAAUAGCUGCGCCGCCGUCGCCACGGACGCUUCGAAAGCCUGUUCGUUCCCUUUCGCUGCCUCUUCACCGGCCAUGGGCGCCGGCGCGCGCCCGACAGCCAGCUCAAUUGCAGCCGCCGGGGGACUCGAAACCGCAGAUUCGGUGGGCGCGGGCCAGAACCCGCUCGCCGCGGUCCUGCAGCCUCCCGCCCCCGACUGUAACGCAGACGCCUCCGAC